CAGGAGGAGGCGGACACGCAUCUCCGAGGUCCUGAAGUUGUCACCAUGGGCGAGAACGACCCUCCGGCUGCCGAAGCCCCCUUCUCCUUCCGGUCCCUCUUUGGGCUGGAUGAUCUGAAGAUCAGUCCUAUGGCCCCAGACGCAGACGCUGUGGCUGCCCAGAUCCUGUCUCUACUGCCUCUGAAGUUCUUUCCGAUCAUCGUUAUCGGGGUCAUUGCUCUGAUCGUGGCGCUGGCUGUCGGCCUGGGCAUCCACUUCGACUGCUCAGGCAAGUACCGCUGCCGAUCUUCCUUCAAGUGCAUCGAGCUGGCGGCUCGCUGUGACGGCAGCUGGGACUGCAAGGCGGGCGAGGACGAGUUCCGCUGCGUCCGCGUGAGUGGCCAGCACGGCGCCCUGCAGGUGUUCACUGCUGCUGCCUGGAGGACCCUGUGCUCCGACGACUGGAAGGGCCACCACGCCGAUGUGGCCUGCAGCCAGCUGGGCUUCCCCAGCUCAGUGAGCUCAGCAUCCCUCCGGGUGGAGACCCUGGAGGAGCGUUUCAGGGGGGACUUUGCAUCUAUCAAUCACCUCCUGCCUGAUGAAAAGGUCACUGCGUUGCAGCAUGCGGUCUAUGCCAGGGAGGACUGUCCCUCGGGCCGUGUGGUCACGCUGGUGUGCACAGCCUGUGGUGUGCGCUCCGGUGGCCGCGGACGCAUCGUGGGCGGAAACGUGUCCUUGCUGGCUCAGUGGCCCUGGCAGGCCAGUCUCCAGUUCCAGGGCCAUCAUCUGUGCGGGGGCUCAGUCAUCACGCCCGUAUGGGUGCUCACAGCAGCGCACUGCGUGUACGACCUGUAUGAGCCCAGGUCCUGGACCGUGCAGGUGGGGCUGGUGGCCCUGGACAGCCCGGCGCCGUCCAUCCUGGUGGACAAGAUCAUCUACCACAGCAAGUACAAGCCCAAGCGCCUGGGGAACGACAUCGCCCUCAUGAAACUGGCCACCCCGCUCAGCUUCAAUGCCCUGAUCCAGCCGGUGUGCCUGCCCAAUGCAGAAGAGGAAUUUCCUGAAGGAAAGUUGUGCUGGACAUCAGGGUGGGGGGCCACAGAGGACGGAGGUGAUGCGUCCCCUAUCCUGAACCAUGCGGCUGUACCACUGCUGGCCAACAAGGUGUGCAACCACCGGGAAGUGUACGGAGGCAUCAUCUCUCCGUCCAUGCUCUGUGCCGGCUACCUGCAGGGUGGCGUGGACAGCUGCCAGGGGGACAGUGGGGGCCCUCUGGUGUGCCAGGAGAGGAGAGUGUGGAAGCUGGUGGGGGCCACGAGCUUCGGCAUCGGAUGUGCCGAGGUGAACAAGCCCGGCGUCUACACCCGAGUCACCUCCUUCCUGGACUGGAUUCACGAGCAGAUGGAGAGAGACCUGAAGACAUGA